UGCGGUUGGGGGUAGGGGCAAAUUACGGAAUUAGCUUCAUAGGGUAGUCCGAUCUCAUCUCCCGCAUAAAGUUGCCUCCGCAGCCAUCCUUGCGAAGGCGAGUGCGUCUUCUCUCUCUGGGUGCAAAGAAAAAGCGCAGGUGUGAGCAGAGGCUGAUCAGAGGGAGAAGAGAGACGCGUGGCCGUAGAAGAAGAAGAAGAGGGUGUAAACUGGAAAUAGAAAGGACAAAAAGCCGAAAAUAAAGGGAAAGAGGCAAGAAGAGCGAGCGAGUUUAUCUUUCUUUUUUCGGUGGGGGCGAAGAGGGCAGAAUCGCGUUUGAUAGAUCGUGCGUGGAAUCUUCGAAUCACACAAUUUGGUUCCCUAGGGCUAAACUAUUUGCGUGCUUCGUACGGUCUAUCCCUCGCUAAUCUGCAAACUCCACCCCCCUUUUGCUAGACAGAGAGAGAGGGAGAGAGAUCGCCUCCUCCCUCAGCUUCCGGUGGAGAUCGUUUCAUCUAGCCGACGGCACCCUUAGCAUCUAGCGUGAUGCUUUCUUUCUUCUCGUCUCCGCCCUCCUGUUCUGCAGCUCGAUAGAGGGAACUUCUUUUUCGAUUUUGUUUCUACUUAGCUUUUUUUCUUAUUUAUAAUCCAUUUAAGAAUAUCACUGUUUUCGUCUUUAAUGUUAACCGUGAGUUAGCCUCUGAUGUUCUUGUUGCUGUGUGUGAACUAGUUGUGUUGUAUUAUCGUACCCAAUAAAGGGAAAAAAAGGGGAGUAGUGAUGGGUGAUGAGGCUAGGGUUUCAGCAAGUGUUAACCCUUUGCUGGAGGAGGACGAUGUACGGGAGCCCUCUUACUGGUUGGAUGCCUGUGAGGAUAUCUCCUGUGAUUUCAUUGAUGCUUUUGUCAGUUUCGAUGAGGGUACUGUUCCGGGGCCUGUGGAUGGUACCUCCAACCAGGUGGUUGCCCCUGAUCCUUGUUUUUUUGGGGAAAUCGAUCAGAUUCUGGACAGCAUCAAGAAUGGUUCCGGUAUGCCUCUGGACCUCAACAGCAACUGUAACAGUGCAGGAGUACUGGAUCAGUGUGUUCCUGUUCAACCUGUCAAGUUUGGCAGUGGGGACAAGGAGGCUGCUGCUUGCUUGAUGCGAGUGCCUGAGCACUCUAUUCCGGUGUGCCAAACUGCAGAUUGCUUGAAUGGCAAUGGGGACAAGCCUGAUGAUGCUAACAAUGGUAGCAAUGGUAAUGCCUACAACAAUAUUAUGAGGUCAAGGGGGAGCAAUGCAGUUUUUGAGAUUUGCAAACAUCAUGAAACCAAUGACAAUUGCAGUGGCAAAAUAUCGUUCAUCCAGCAGCCUGAGAGAAAUGGAGCCCGUAAGCUUGAACAUCGGGGCACUGAUCCUUAUAGUGAUUUUGAUGACAACGACAGUGAAGGAAAGUACAAUAAAAGAGCUCGCCUAAGUGGUUUUGAUUACAAAAAUGGAAGGCACUUGCAAAGAGGAGGGCAUUACCACCUGAGGGAGAGGGAAAGGUCUUCAGGUAGGAAAAGGCCUCGUGGUCGGGAGGAUAUGGACAGGAGGGACAGAGAUCAGACCAGGAGGAUAGAAUGCAAUGGAAACAGCAAAAGAGAUUGUAGGGAUAGGGAUUGGAGGGAAAGCAGGGGAUACUGGGAGAGGGAGGGCCCUGGUUCAAAUGAGAUGGUUUUCCGCAUGGGUACUUGGGAAGCUCAAAAACACAGAGAUGGGAAGGGACCCUCUGAGCGAAAGCACGAAUGCAGUGGAAAGGUAGAGAAGAAACCUGAAGAGGCCAAGGAGAGACUUCCAAAGGAGCAGGCACGGCAAUACCAGUUGGAUGUUCUUGAACAGGCCAAGCAGAAAAAUACGAUAGCUUUUCUCGAAACGGGGGCAGGAAAGACCCUCAUCGCGGUGCUCCUUAUCAAAAGUGUUUGCAGUGAUUUGCACAGACAAAACAGGAAGAUGCUGUCGGUGUUUCUGGUUCCUAAAGUGCCUCUUGUUUAUCAGCAAGCAGAAGUAAUUCGUGAGCGAACUGGUUACCAAGUAGGCCAUUACUGUGGUGAAAUGGGCCAAGAUUUCUGGGAUGCUCGGAGGUGGCAACGUGAGUUUGAAAUGAAGCAGGUUCUAGUGAUGACUGCUCAAAUACUGUUGAACAUUCUGAGACACAGCAUAAUAAAGAUGGAAGCUAUCAAUCUACUUAUCCUGGAUGAAUGUCAUCAUGCUGUGAAGAAACAUCCGUAUUCUCUAGUUAUGUCCGAGUUUUAUCACACAACGUCUAAGGAGAAAAGGCCAUCAGUUUUUGGAAUGACAGCAUCUCCUGUUAACUUAAAGGGUGUUUCUAGCCAGGUGGAUUGUGCAAUAAAGAUUCGUAAUCUUGAAAGUAAACUGGACUCUGUAGUUUGUACAAUCAAAGAUCGUAAGGAGCUGGAGAAGCAUGUCCCGAUGCCCUCAGAAAUUGUGGUGGAGUAUGACAAAGCUGCUAGUUUGUGGUCCCUACACGAACAAAUUAAACAAAUGGAGUUGGCAGUAGAAGAAGCUGCUCAAUCUAGUUCUAGAAGAAGUAAGUGGCAAUUUAUGGGAGCAAGAGAUGCUGGAAGCAAGGAAGAGCUGCGACAAGUUUAUGGUGUGUCUGAAAGAACAGAAAGUGAUGGUGCUGCUAAUCUAAUCCAGAAGUUGAGGGCUAUUAACUACGCACUUGGUGAACUAGGACAGUGGUGUGCAUACAAGGUUGCUCAUGCUUUUUUGACAGCUUUACAAAAUGAUGAGAGGGCGACCUACCAGCUUGACGUCAAGUUUCAAGAAUCAUACUUGAGUAAAGUUGUCAACCUCUUGCAAUGUCAAUUGUCAGAAGGAGCUGUUUCAGAAAAUAACACUAAAUUGCCUGCAUAUGAUGGCAUUACACAAGAGAGAAGUGACCUUGAUGAAAUAGAAGAGGGGGAGCUUCCUGACAGUCAUGUUGUCUCUGGUGGAGAGCAUGUAGAUGUGAUUAUAGGAGCUGCAGUAGCUGAUGGCAAGGUUACACCAAAGGUGCAGUCUUUGAUUAAAGUACUUCUAAAAUAUCAGCAUACAGAGGACUUCCGUGCAAUUAUCUUUGUUGAGCGAGUUGUGGCUGCCUUAGUUCUUCCAAAGGUUUUUGCAGAGCUUCCAUCCCUUAGUUUUGUCAAGUCCGCAAGUUUGAUUGGGCACAACAAUAGUCAAGAAAUGCGGACAUGCCAAAUGCAAGACACGAUUGACAAAUUCCGAGAUGGUCGUGUGACUUUGCUGGUUGCCACUAGUGUUGCUGAGGAAGGUCUUGAUAUACGGCAAUGCAAUGUGGUUAUCCGCUUUGACCUUGCAAAAACUGUUUUAGCAUAUAUUCAAUCUAGGGGUCGUGCUAGAAAGCCUGGGUCGGAUUACAUUUUGAUGGUUGAGAGGGGAAAUUUAUCGCAUGAAGCAUUUUUGAGAAAUGCUAGAAAUAGUGAAGAAACUUUGAGAAAAGAAGCAAUAGAGAGAACUGACCUUAGCCAUCUUAAGGGCACAACAAGGUUAGUGUCGGUGGAUACAACACCAGGUACAAUGUAUCAGGUGGAGUCUACAGGUGCUGUUGUGAGCUUGAAUUCUGCUGUGGGACUCAUUCACUUCUAUUGUUCUCAGCUACCCAGUGACAGAUACUCAAUUCUUCGUCCUGAGUUUAUUAUGGAGCGCCAUGAGAAGCCAGGUGGUCCCACUGAAUAUUCAUGCAGGCUCCAGCUCCCCUGUAAUGCACCAUUUGAGAAACUUGAGGGUCCUGUUUGCAGUUCAAUGCAUCUUGCACGACAGGCUGUUUGCUUGGCUGCUUGCAAGAAACUCCAUGAGAUGGGGGCAUUUACUGACAUGCUCUUGCCAGACAAGGGAAAUACAGGAGGAGGAGAAAAAGUUGACCAAAAUGAUGAAGGAGAUCCACUCCCUGGGACUGCCAGGCACAGGGAGUUUUAUCCUGAAGGUGUAGCUAAUAUUCUCCAGGGAGAAUGGAUUUUAUCUGGGAGGGAUUCAUGUAAUGACUCGAAGUUGUUUCAUCUCUACAUGUAUGGUAUUGACUGUAUGGAUGUUGGCUCCUCAAAAGAUCCAUUCUUAACCAGAGUAUCAGAGUUUGCGGUACUUUUUGGCAAUGAGCUGGAUGCAGAGGUGUUAUCGAUGUCAAUGGACCUCUUUAUCGCUCGAACCAUGAUAACAAAAGCAUCUAUUGUCUUCCGGGGGCUAAUUGAAAUUACAGAAACUCAGUUGGCAUUACUUAAGAGCUUCCAUGUAAGAUUAAUGAGUAUUGUACUGGAUGUGAAUGUUGAACCAUCCACUACUCCUUGGGAUGCUGCAAAGGCAUACUUGUUUGUCCCUGUGGUUGGCGAUAAAUCUGUUGAUCCACUGAUAGGAAUUGACUGGGAUCUGGUUGAAAAUAUUACUAAGACAAAUGCAUGGAACAAUCCCCUUCAGAGAGCUCGGCCUGAUGUUUACCUUGGCACCAAUGAACGAACACUAGGUGGAGACCGAAGGGAGUAUGGAUUUGGAAAAUUGCGUCAUGGCAUUGCUUUUGGGCAGAAACCACAUCCAACUUAUGGCAUUAGAGGAGCCGUAGCACAAUUUGACGUUGUGAAAGCAUCUGGAUUGGUACCUAACCGUGAUGCUAUUGACUUGGCAAGUCAAUUUAAUUUGAAUAAAGGCAAACUCAUGAUGGCGGAUUCUUAUACAAGUGCGGAAGAUCUGGUGGGGAGAAUUGUAACAGCCGCUCAUUCUGGGAAGAGGUUUUAUGUAGAAUCUGUACGCUAUGAUAUGACUGCAGAGAACUCAUUCCCUAGGAAAGAGGGCUACCUUGGUCCUUUGGAGUACAGUUCAUAUGCUGAUUACUACAAGCAAAAGUAUGGAGUUGAGUUGAUCUAUAAGCAACAACCUCUCAUAAGAGGACGUGGUGUUUCAUAUUGCAAGAAUCUCCUUUCCCCUCGAUUUGAACAUUCAGAAGUUUUUUCAGUGCAUGAAUGUGAAUCUGAGGAGGCACUUGAUAAAACAUAUUAUGUUUUUCUCCCUCCGGAGCUAUGUUUUGUACAUCCUCUUCCUGGAGCACUUGUUCGAGGUGCCCAGAGAUUGCCAUCAAUCAUGAGGAGGGUUGAAAGUAUGUUGCUUGCCAUUCAGCUAAAGCAUAUAAUUAAUUACCCUGUUCCUGCCUCAAAGGUCUUGGAAGCCUUGACUGCUGCUUCCUGCCAAGAGACUUUUUGCUAUGAAAGAGCAGAACUUCUGGGAGACGCUUACCUCAAAUGGGUUGUUAGCCGAUUCCUUUUUCUUAAAUAUCCACAGAAACACGAGGGGCAGCUCACUAGAAUGAGACAACAAAUGGUAAGUAACAUGGUCUUAUAUCAGUAUGCAUUAAAUGAGGGACUCCAAUCAUAUAUCCAAGCAGAUCGAUUUGCACCAUCCAGAUGGGCUGCCCCUGGGGUACUGCCUGUCUUUGAUGAAGAUAUCAGAGAGACAGAGUCAUCCUUAUUUGAUAGUGAACGAACAUUUUCUGGGACUGCAAUUGGAGAAGUUCGAGGUGAUGAUGGGUAUGAAGAUGAUGAAAUGGAAGAUGGUGAGCUUGAGAGUGAUUCCAGUUCUUAUCGAGUCCUCUCUAGCAAGACACUAGCAGAUGUCGUUGAGGCACUCAUUGGUGUGUAUUAUGUUGAAGGCAGGAAGAAUGCUGCAAACCAUCUCAUGAAAUGGAUUGGGAUUGCAGUGGAUUUUGAUGCUAUGGAAUUUGAGUGCACAACCAGGGCUACUAGUAUCCCGGAGACCGUACUUAGGAGUGUCGAUUUUGAUGCUUUAGAAGGAUCAUUAAACAUGAAGUUUGAAGAUAGGGGCUUGUUAGUUGAAGCUAUCACUCAUGCUUCGCGACCAUCACCUGGAGUAUCCUGUUACCAGCGGUUGGAGUUUGUUGGUGAUGCAGUCUUGGAUCAUCUCAUUACCAGGCAUUUGUUCUUUGCAUACACAGAUCUGCCUCCUGGCCGCUUGACUGACUUGCGGGCUGCUGCUGUGAACAAUGAAAAUUUUGCACGAGUUGCUGUUAAACAUAAGCUUCACUCGCACCUCAGGCAUGGAUCAAGUGCCCUCGAAAAACAGAUUCGAGAUUUUGUGAGGGAAGUUCAAGAUGAAUUGGACAAACCAGGAUUUAACUCCUUUGGUUUGGGGGAUUGCAAAGCUCCAAAGGUUCUUGGUGACAUUGUUGAAUCUAUUGCUGGCGCUAUCUUUUUGGACAGUGGACGUGAUACCGCAGUUGUAUGGAAGGUUUUCCAGCCCUUGCUGCAUCCAAUGGUCACUCCAGAAACAUUGCCAAUGCAUCCAGUGCGGGAACUACAAGAGCGGUGCCAGCAACAGGCUGAAGGGCUGGAGUACAAGGCCACUCGAAAUGGCAAUUUAGCUACUGUUGAAGUAUUCAUUGAUGGGGUUCAGAUUGGGAUUGCUCAGAAUCCGCAAAAGAAAAUGGCACAGAAAUUGGCUGCCAGGAAUGCCCUCGUUGCAUUAAAAGAGAGGGAAAUGACUGAAGCUAAGGAGAAGCAGCGGCAUAGCGAGGAGGAGAAGAAGAAAAAUGGGGGGCAAACAUUCACCAGACAGACCUUGAACGAUAUCUGCUUGCGUAGAAACUGGCCAAUGCCACUUUACCGGUGCGUGAACGAGGGUGGGCCUGCGCAUGCGAAAAGGUUUACAUUUGCAGUGCGGGUGAAGACAACAGAUAAGGGAUGGACGGAUGAAUGCGUGGGGGAGCCAAUGCCCAGUGUGAAGAAAGCCAAGGAUUCUGCAGCUGUUCUCCUCUUAGAACUUCUCAAUAAAUGGUAUGCAUGAGCGUUAUGACAUUUGUUAGUUAAAACACUUUUGAUUGAUGAUAUGCUUUAAUCUCAAAGGGGCGUUUGUUUGUUUGCCUUUUUUGAUUGAUUAAAUUGGAUAAGAGGGUUUGUUUGUGGUGCCCAGCCUUUCCCCUAAUUGUAUCCUUCAAUUAAUUUUGCAUUUUUGGAUUUGUUUUUACAGCAGAAUGUAGUUGCUUGC